AUGGACACGCUUGAUACUCUCUUCGCAUAUUCCCAAGGAGAUACAAGAUUGGACACUCUCGAAAGCCUUUACAACUAUUCAAGAGAAGAAAUGAAUUAUGUGGGCACCAGAAGGAGCACGAUCAAAGCGCAGACAAAAGCUCCGACUUCCAUUGGUAGCACGAGCACUCCUGACACGGAGAAGGAGAUGCCGAAAUGCGACGACCCUCAAAGGCAGCUGGCCGACGACAGUCGUGAUGAAACUGCCAUUCAAGAAUUCGUCGAAACGAAGGAACCAGAAUUGGGCGUACUACUGACACGGGUGACAGACAAUCUAGCAUGCUGUACCAGGAAUAUACGAGUCAGUGACUACAUGGACGAGGCCUUUCUGGAAGAUGACUUUCAUGAACUGGUGUAUCGACCAUCGAGGAGACCAGGGGCGCUUCACAAUGCCCUUACCACCAGCCCAUCCUACGACGAAGGUCUGAUCAAACCAGUACUCUCCAACAUUACGGAGUCGGAUGAAAAGACUGUCCACACAUUAGACACAACGAAGACAAAGGAGCUAUCCACGAAGAAUAUUGCAUCACUCUACAUGGACUAUGCCAACUGGUCGCGUGCCUUUUGCGGCGAUAUAUAG